AUGUGUGAAGAAAAUCUCGUCCAGGAAGCACUCGGUCAAAUUUGCUGGCUCGAGGUUCCAGUGCGUGAUGUUCCUCGGGCCAAGGCCUUCUACGUAGAACUCUUUGGCUGGGAGUUUGUACCAGAGCCUCAAAAGGCCGUCGGCGACUGCGUCAAGAGUAUGCACUUCUUCAACAAGGGCAAGACCCUCCACGGGGCAUUUCUGGAACAUGACGAGGAUUAUCAUGUCAUCAACAACAACCCCGACAAACCAGGUGCUCUGCCCGUCCUGCCAACCCUAUGCGUUCUGGAUUGCGAAGAGACCCUGGCCAAGGCAAAUGCGAUUGGUGGCAAGACUGCCAUGUAA